AUGGCUGGCGAGAACCACCAGCAGCAGCAGCAGCAGCAGCGGACCCUCCGGAAGAAGAGCAUCGCGGCGCAGCAGCCGCCGUCUCCGCCGCCGCCGCCGCCGGCUCCUCCGCUCGCCAACAGCCCCAGCGCCCCGCAAGCCCCCAGCCCGGAGAGCGGCGACACGGAGCGGGUGGCGCUCAAGAAGGAGAUCGGCUUGGUCAGCGCCUGUGCCAUCAUCGUAGGUAACAUUAUUGGUUCGGGCAUCUUUAUUUCACCCAAAGGAGUUCUUGAGCAUUCUGGGUCAGUGGGACUCGCACUCAUAAUAUGGAUACUUGGAGGUGGGAUCUCAGCGCUUGGGUCCCUCUGUUACGCGGAAUUGGGAGUUACCAUCCCUAAAUCAGGAGGCGACUACUCCUACGUCACUGAGAUUUUCGGUGGAUUAGCUGGAUUUCUGCUGCUAUGGAGCGCGGUCCUUAUCAUGUACCCAACUAGCCUGGCUGUUAUUGCUUUGACUUUUUCUAACUAUGUGCUACAACCAAUGUUUCCCAAUUGCAUCCCGCCCUACAAAGCUUCACGAGUCCUUUCCAUGGUGUGUUUAUCACUGUUGACUUGGGUGAACAGCUCCAGUGUUCGGUGGGCCACACGAAUCCAGGACAUCUUCACAGGAGGAAAACUCUUGGCUUUGGGUCUUAUCAUAACUGUUGGCUUUGUGCAGAUCUUCAAAGAAAACUAUGAAGCAUUAAUACCAAGCAAUGCAUUCAGCUUCUGGAUGACCCCAUCUGUGGGACAUUUGGCGCUAGCAUUUCUCCAAGGUUCCUUUGCAUUCAGUGGGUGGAAUUUCUUAAAUUACGUGACAGAAGAACUGGUUGAUCCACGCAAGAAUCUACCCCGUGCCAUAUUUAUCUCCAUUCCCCUGGUGACUUUUGUAUACACCUUCACCAAUGUUGCAUAUUUCACGGCCAUGUCACCCCAAGAACUCCUGUCUUCCAAUGCUGUGGCGGUCACAUUUGGUGAGAAGUUACUGGGCUAUUUUUCCUGGGUUAUGCCAGUGUCUGUGGCAUUGUCUACAUUUGGAGGAAUAAAUGGAUACCUUUUUACCUCCUCAAGGCUGUGUUUCGCUGGUGCCCGAGAAGGUCAUUUACCGAGUCUUCUGGCCAUGAUCCAUGUCAAAAAUUGCACCCCAAUCCCUGCUCUCCUUAUCUGCUGCCUGGCUACUGUGGUCAUCAUGCUGGUUGGAGACACCUACACGUUAAUUAACUACGUGUCCUUCAUCAACUACCUCUGCUACGGAGUGACAAUAAUAGGCCUGCUUGUGCUACGGUGGAAACAGCCUCAGAUCUUCAGACCCAUCAAGGUAAACCUCCUGGUUCCAAUCACUUACCUGAUCUUUUGGGCCUUUCUCUUAAUCUUCAGUUUUUAUUCUGAGCCAGUGGUCUGUGGCAUUGGACUGAUUAUCAUCUUAACUGGAGUGCCAGUGUUUUUUCUUGGCGUGUACUGGCAAAACAAACCAAAGUGUGUAAAUAGAAUAACAGAAUCUUUAACCCACUGGGGCCAGAAGAUCUGUUUUGUUGUCUAUCCUCAGAAGGGAUCUCCUGAAGACGAUCUACCUUUCGCCGAUUAUCCCUCUCAAGAAGUCAAAAGACCUUAAAAAAAACAAUGAUACUUUUUACAGAAUAAGUAGAUUUUGUUUACAUUAUGGCAUUU